AUGGUGUUGGAAACUUUUGGCACCUUUCGUUCAACAUAUCAACUGACCAGCUUUACACUGUUGAUUUCAAUGAUGUAUCCACACCCGAAAACCAUAAAACGACGUUUUUUGGUGUUAAUGACGCUGGUCGCUCUGCCAGUAGUUAUAUUCGUGCUGAUCGACAGUUACAACAGUUUCAUGAGGAAAGACCUUCUCAAUCUUGUAUAUCAUUCCACUGUUGUUGGGCCGUACUUGGGGGGUGUGACGAAGAUAGCCGCAUCACUGUACAUGUCCAAACUCGGCGACGAACUGAUCAAUGAAAUCGAUCGAGACUAUCGCUUGCUGAACACCAUGCCCGAGUCCUACAAGAGGCUAGCCCGAGCCGUGAUCAUCAAUUCUUGGAAGUACUGCGAGAAAUGCUGGUUCUGGGUAGUGUUGCUAUCCGUCGCCACCUUCCCCGGUAUGGCGAUGGUACUCAACCUGAAAGGCGCCUUCUUCGAUGAGAAACCCCAGCGGCACAUGGUACACGACGUGGUGAUACCACUCACGGAUCUGGAGUACAGAUUCGAAACUCCCGCGUACGAAAUCGUGUUUGCCGUUAUGGUGUAUAUAACUUUCCUGAUCAUGAUAUACUAUAUCGGUUAUGAUGCUUUCUUUGCGAUCAGUUUGAAUCACGCGUGUUUGAAGAUCGAUAUGUACUGUUUGGCGUUUGAAGACGCGUUGAAAUGUAAAGAUAAUAGUGAAAGGUGCAGAAAGUUGGGUCGUGUGGUGAAAGAACAGUUGCGAUUGUAUGAAUACGUUGAAAAAAUUCAAGGAUUCUUCAACAUCUAUCUCGGCGUGAUUCUGUUUGCUGCCCUUAUUCAAAUCGGCACAUGUCUGUACCAUGUUAAAGAGGUAAGUAGUUUUAUCAUCGAGGAGUUCGAGAUCCAGUACGUGAUGAUGGGGUGGGGCACCAUCUGCUGCAUCUUCUACCCCUGCGCCUUCGCAACCAAACUCAGGUUUGCGUCAGAGGAGUCUGCAGUGAGAUUCUACUGCGGCGGCUGGGAGGACAUCCACUGUGUCAGCACCAGGCGAACCGUGCUGUUCGUGAUCACCAGAGCUCAGAUUCCUAUUGAGAUAAAAGGUUUCAACUGGAUACCGUUUAAUAUGGACCUUUUUGUUUCUAUAUUGAAAUCGGCUUACUCCAUUUACACUUUACUAUGUUCAUAAAACAAAACGUUUUGGGACACGCU